UUUCUGUUUUCAGUCGUGUCAGAACUUCCGUCGGGGUGAGUUCUUAUACUACCCUUUUCAACAAACAAUUAACCCUUUUUUAUUUGUGUGCUUGCAAUAAAUAAUUUCAUUAAAUCUGAACACAUUAAAUAAAUAAUUAAAUUAAUAACAAUUAAAAUUAUAACUAAAAUUAUAUUCAAAAAGUUAAUACUCACCAAGUGACGGUUUGUUAAAAACUAAUAAAGUUCAACAAAAUUAAAAUACCGUAAUGAAUAAUAAUUAAUGAUGCCCGCGGAUUUAAAUAUAAACCUACCAAAUGUCGUACAAUAUCCAGGAUUCCAGUUGUGGCGCCGGGAGAAAUGCUGCUGUGGGUGCCGGCGGGUCUAGUGGUAGCGGAGGUGUUCGCGGUGUUACUGCGGGAGGAAAUUGCGAUGGGGUGGAGCGAAGAAUGGUCGACAUUACCAGAGAUAAGCCAAUCAAAGUUGCUGUCAGGGUACAGGUCCCUGUUCGGGAUCACCCGAAGUUUAAUUUCGUCGGGAAAUUAUUAGGACCGAAGGGCAACUCGUUGAAGCGUUUACAAGAAGAGUGUGGCUGUAAGAUGGCUGUUUUGGGUCGCGGUUCGGUAAAAGAUCGUCAAAAGGAGGAGGAGCUGCGAGCUAGUGGUGACCCGAAAUUCUCCCACCUGAGCGAAGAUCUUCAUGUUGAAAUUAGCGCAUUUGCUACUCCAGCAGAAGCACAUGCUCGGAUUGCCUACGCUCUUGUUGAAGUUCGUCGAUUUCUUGUACCUGAUUACAACGACGACAUAAGACAAGAACAAAUGUGGGAAAUGCAAAUGAUGAACAACACAGAAAAUAAUCCUCAAGAUUUACCGUCAAGUCCCGAAGAUACUUUGUCAGAACCGGCAGCCUCUCCAGUUUCCAGUACGACGAACGGAAACGGUACUACCACCGACCAGGAGUCUUCCUCGAAGCUUGGAGUAACACAAAUGAGCCAAGCGAAUGGGUUGUUGAUAGGAUGCCGUAAGCGACCGCUAAUCUCAUCGGGAAAUCGACCCGCCAUGUCGCCAAUUAAACGAACAGUUAUGUCACUAUUGGCACGAGCUCGUGCUGCUCAGCACAAAGAGCUACAUCAGCAAGUAGGAAUGGUUUCCAAUCAAACAUCGGCAGCACUACAUCAAAGUCAGUUGAAUUUGUUGGCUGCGCCGACGGUACACACGGUUGCUCAGGUGCCGCAAUUGCACCUAAUAGGAUCAUCAAUUCCACAGCACACGGCUCCUCGACGACCACCGAUCCUUCCAGCUCCUCUUCCCCAGCAUCAGAUGCUGGGCCCUACGAUACACGGUCUAAUACACACUCAAAGAGUAGCCGCUGGCCCUGUUCUCCCACUUGUUAGAGAGGACCUCGUUGCAGGAGGAGUUAAUCUCGUUUAAUCUCUAUGGCAAGUCGUGCCGGACAAAGUGAUGAGAGACUUAAUACAGAUACAGUGGCAGCGACAAAUUGAAUUAUUUAUUAUUUAUUAAUGCUCAGUGAAAAUCGAGUUUAAUAUAAUAUAUUGUUGUUUCCUUCUUUUUUUUUUUUUUU